AUGCUGGGUCCUGAAGAGAAGACUGUCGACCUUGGUCCAGGGACUGGAGAGGUCGUGAGUGUUGAUCAGCACUCUUCCCUCAUCAAGUCUUACAUGCGGAAAUGCGAUUGGCGCUUGAUCCCUGCCUUGUCCUUGACCUACCUUUUCAACUCUCUGGACCGCUCUAAUCUAGGAAAUGCGAAGACCGACGGCCUCGCGAAGGAUAUUGGACUCACAGGCAAUCAGUACAAUUUGAUACUGUCGCUGUAUUAUGUGCCGUUUGUGCUUUUCGGCCCGGUUGGAGCCUUUGCCACCAAAAGAGCCACGGCGAAGUACAGCUUAUCCAUCAUGAUGAUUUGCUUCGGAUCGCCUCGCUCUGCACUGGGACUGUGA